AUGGAUCAGCAGGAGGAGUCUUGUCUUCCCCCAGGCUUCAGGUUCCACCCUACAGAGGAAGAGCUGAUUGGGUACUACCUUGCCAGGAAGGUGGCCUCCCAGAAGAUCGACCUCGACAUCAUCCAGGUGGUCGAUCUCUACAGGAUAGAGCCAUGGGAUCUGCAAGAGAGGUGCAGGCAGCACGCCGGUGGUGGGCACGACGAGCAGACGACAGAGUGGUACUUCUUCAGCUACAAGGACCGCAAGUACCCCAGCGGGACGAGGACGAACCGCGCCACGGCGGCUGGUUUCUGGAAGGCCACCGGCAGGGACAAGCCGGUGCUGUCGUCGUCCACCAGGACCAGGUGCGGCACCAGCAGGGUCAUCGGCAUGAGGAAGACGCUGGUGUUCUACAAGGGCAGGGCCCCCAACGGCAGGAAGAGCGACUGGAUCAUGCACGAGUACCGACUCCAGUCCAACGAGCACGCACCCGCGCAGGCAAGCAAGAGUUUAGUUAAUUAA